AUGAAGUUCCAGAACAACUUAAUUGACAUCCCAAAGGUCCAACCGCCGCGAAAUACCCUAGCAGGUAUCGUGAGCGCCCGCACACAAGCCUCGGUGGCCGAUCCUAGCACUAAUUCAAAAUCUGGACCUCCCCAACUCGUAAACGAGUUACCAGAUCCCCGCGAAGAGAACGAAGUCCGACUUCCCAGGGCCGUCCAAGCCCUCUACCUCCAGCCUCUGCGACGAGAAGCCCAGUAUGGAGUCCCUUCGUGCGACUUACAGCUACGGUCUUUCAGCGUACCCAACCUCGAGUUCUUCUGCGACUUUGCGCUCCGAGCCGCAUACUACCUAAACCUCCCGGCAUUCGGCCCUGUACCUCUUCCUAAGAUUAUUGAGCGAUGGACGGUGCCAAAGAGUCAUUUCAUCUUCAAGAAGUCGCAAGAGAACUUUGAGAGGGUCACGAGGAGGAGAUUGAUUCAGAUUAGGGAUGGACAUCCCGAGACGGUACAGAUCUGGCUAGCCUACCUGCAGAAGCACGCAUACUAUGGUAUUGGUAUGAAGGCAAAUGUGUGGGAGUUUGACAGCAUUGGUACCGGUAAGAAGGCGGACGCACAAGAGAAAUCUCUACAGGAGAUAGUAGAACAGAAGAUGGAAAGCUUUGGCAGAGACAAGACAAUGGGCACGGUAGAGAAGGUGAAGGAGUUGCUAGCUAGCGAGAGCAGCGAUGUCAGUACCGAUGAGCCAGGGGAAGUGAUGAGGAAACGCAAGCCAAACGUCAUCUUCUCAGGCAUCCAGCCCACCGGUGUCCCGCACCUAGGAAACUACUUAGGGGCAUUGCGGCAAUGGAGGAAGCUUCAAGAUGAUGCGGAGCCCGAGGAUAAACUGCUCUUCUCCGUCGUAGACCUCCACGCCAUCACCAUGCCUCAAGACGCCAAGGUCCUACGCAUGCAGCGCCGCGAGAUGCUAGCCGCGCUGCUAGCUAUCGGCCUCGACCCGGAUAAAGGGUCUACGAUAUUCUUCCAGAGCUCUGUGCCCCAACAUACCGAGCUCAUGUGGAUUCUUAGCUGCACGGCGUCGAUGGGGUAUCUGGGGAGGAUGACGCAGUGGAAGAGCAAACUCCAAAUGAACAACAAAGCAGGCGACCUCGAAGAAGAAUCCAUGACAAACCUAAAGCUAGGCCUAUUCUCGUAUCCCGUGCUCCAAGCAGCCGAUAUCCUAGUGCACCGCGCAACCCACGUCCCCGUCGGCGACGACCAGCGGCAACACCUAGAGUUCGCGCGCGAGUGUGCGACUAAUUUUAACCACACGUUCAAGAACAUCCUCGUCCCGCCCGAGACCAUAACCACCCCCUCCCCCCGCAUAAUGUCCCUAACAACCCCGACCUCCAAAAUGUCAAAAUCAACACCCAGCCACCGCUCCCGCAUAACCAUAACCGCGCCCCCCAACGAGAUCCGCUCGCGCAUCAAGAACGCCGUAACCGACAGCCACAACACCGUGACCUACGACCCCGAGAUGCGGCCCGGCGUCGCCAACCUGCUCGAGCUGCUAUCGCAGUGCGGCAGCGCCGAGGGAAGCCGGAGCCUGCGCCCCGACGAGCUGGCCGUCCAGCUUUCCGGCGCCUCGCUCAAGGAUCUGAAGGAGCUCGUGGCGGAGGCCGUGUGCAUAGAGCUGCACGGGGUGAGGGACCGACACGAUGAGUUUUUGAAUCGGAAGGGGGGCAAGUGGCUUGAUGAGAUUGAGGCCGAGGGCGCAGAGGUGGCGAGGCGGAAUGCGGAGGAGACGAUGAGGAUGGUGAGGGAUGCGGUUGGGUUGGGGUCGGGGGCGCAACUUUUCUAG